GAGGGCCGGAGUUACUUCUUCCAUGCAGUUGCCCUCUUCCUCCUCUCCCAAGUCUUCACAAUUCUACAUCAGCCCGAACUGAUCCGCGUUCUGACUGAGGCCAUCCUUGUGGGUGAUCUGGCCCUGCUUUGUCCUCCAGCCCCCGACUCCACAGACUCCACCGAGAAUGUG